CGAAGAGCCCGAGCGGCCGGAUUCUGGUUCCGGUGCGGCUCGUUCCCGCGACUCUUGUUGAGGGUUUAUUUUGAGCAUAUGUUACAAAGAUGGCUGUCUCUCUUAUUAUAAAAUGGGGUGGGCAAGAAUUCUUGAUAACUACCUUGUCGGAAGAGGACACAGUGUUAGAUCUCAAGCAGUCUCUGAAAGGUCUUACUGGAGUGCUGCCAGAACGCCAAAAGCUUCUUGGACUAAAAGUAAAAGGCAAGCCAGCAGAGAAUGAUGUUAAGCUUGGAACACUAAAACUGAAACCAAAUACUAAAAUUAUGAUGAUGGGGACACGUGAGGAAAGCUUGGAAGAUGUCCUUGGGCCACCCCCUGACAAUGAAGAUGUGGUCAAUGAUUUUGAUAUUGAAGAGGAAGUUGUUGAAGUGGAGAACAGGGAAGAGAAUCUACUAAAAAUCUCUCGCAGAGUUAAAGAGCACAAAGUGGAAAUAUUAAAUCCUCCAAGGGAAGGGAAGAAAUUAUUGGUUCUGGAUGUUGACUACACCCUAUUUGACCAUAGGUCAUGUGCAGAGACUGGAGUUGAACUGAUGAGACCGUACUUGCAUGAGUUCCUGACAUCUGCGUAUGAAGACUAUGAUAUUGUAAUCUGGUCUGCUACUAAUAUGAAGUGGAUUGAAGCUAAAAUGAAGGAACUGGGAGUGAGCAACAAUGCAAACUACAAGAUAACCUUCAUGUUGGACAGUGCUGCCAUGAUAACUGUGCAUACUCCAAGGCGAGGAUUAAUUGAUGUGAAACCUCUGGGUGUUAUAUGGGGCAAAUUUUCAGAGUUUUACAAUAAGAAAAAUACGAUCAUGUUUGAUGACAUUGGACGAAAUUUUCUGAUGAAUCCACAAAAUGGACUUAAGGUACCUCGCAAAGAAGCAAGGCCAAUAGCUUUAAUUUGUGAAGCAGAAUGUAGAGACCCUUUGACCUUUCCUCCUGUGUAAGCUAGAAUUAAUAGUGCUGGACACUGACUUAUCCACCAGAGUGACUCUUUACACAUGGUCUUACUAUUGGUUUGCUCUGUCUGGAGAUUACAGCAAACAGUGGAAAAGAAAAACGAUUGCUCUUCUUGUGUUUUACUCUGGUGUUACAUUUAAAAUAAUAUCAUCUGUACUGCUACUGUAGUAUUCCCAAGAUUUAAAGCCAUGCUGUUCUGCAACAGGGAAAAAGUUCAGACCAAAAACCUCCCAAAACAUACAAACCAGAAGUUUACUUAUGGAGCCAGUUUCUACCAUUCUCGGUUAUAGAAAUCUCUUCCCUCCCCUGUUAUGGUAUUUAAGUCUAUGAACUAUAAGCUGUCUAAUUAUGUAUUAGUAUGUCAAGUGUUCCUUUGUGCAAGACAGUUUUAUGACAGAAAGCAUCACUAGAGGACAAAAGCGCCUUUGUGUGUAGAUCUUGAUGAUAAAACUUGCAUUGCAUAUGACUGGAGAAUAGGAGGAAUUUUAAAAGAAAAUAACAAUGCUUUGUCAAAAAGCAUUCUUUUUUAAAAAAAAAAAUGCUUCUGGUCAGAAGGAUUUAAACCUGAAGAGAGCAGAGUACUAAUUCCUUAAAGCAUGAGCAUUAGUUGUUCUGUUCUCGUUACUUUUGUGAGGAUACAGUCUCUUUGAAUGGCAGUAUUCAGCCACAGCUGUUCUAAAAUGAUAGGUAAUUUGUGCUGCUUCAGCCUGCACUGUGGAAGUCUGAUGUGACCAUUGUCUCACAUUACUUGACAGUCCCUCAUCAUGCCAUCCUUGUAUUUGGAAGCAGACUGCCUCUUUCAGAUAAAGACUGCAUAUAUCGUUCUUAAGG